CCGUAUCGUUCAUGUGACAGUGAAGUCCGAUACAUCGGCAUUUAAUACGGUAAAAAAAUAAAAGCAAUUUCUAGUUAGUUUUUAAUAUGAUCAAGGAGUUACUUGCUUCUUUGCUGAUUUUGGGUCUCGUUUGGGGUGCUGCUUUUUCGUGCAUUUCAUGUGGUGCCGAAUGUGAAGCUUCAUGUGGCACCAGACUUUUCAAAAGUUGCUGCUUCAACUAUUUAAAGAAGCGUUCGGAUCCGCUGACGCAAUUGUCAUCCGCCAUGGAGCCUAGUUCGCGAUUAGAAACGUGGUUAGCAAAACAGAAACACGCAUUUCCAGAUGAAGACAGUGACUUAUUAACAAUAAGAAAAAAUCUGAUGCUACUCGACGACAAAGAGCCAUAACCCUUGCAUGGUUAUUCAUUAAUUUUUAAGGCAUAGUUUUAUCUUUACUAUCAUGAUGUGUAAUUAGAUUUAUAAAAGGGCUGGUAAUAAAAUAGAAAAAA